AUGAUGGGACCCAUUGCCCAUAAUGUAGGAGCACAAUUGGUUAUGGCUGUGGGUUCUUUAGUUCUAUUAUGACUUUAGUUCUAGUGGGUUCUAGUGGUGGGUUCUUUAGUUCUAGUGGAGAAGGUGGUCUAGUAGUUGCAGAGGCUUUUGGUCUAGCAAGACGAUGGCUUCAAGAUCGUAGAUUCUACCUUUCCAUAGGCCUUGUGGUCCUGAAUCGCCUAUAGGGCUUCGGUUUUGCUUUUGGAAGAGGUCUUCAAGAUCGUUCAGGAAUCAUAGAAGUUGUCUGCGACGCAUAUAGUGCCACGAGUAAGUUUGAAAAAUACACCACGUCGUACAACUUCUACACCGUCUCCGUCUUAUGAUAUAUUUACACGAUGCACUAGUCCCUGUAUUUUUGGUCUAACUCGUCUGGUUCAACAAUUUUGCUGUUUUUUGUUAUAAAUCUACGGGGUAAUGCUGUUUUUUGUUAUAAAUCUAGGGGGUAACCUUGUGCUAAUGUCUGCUUGUUCUAAUAAAUCUUGAAUCUUGAAUCUACAUAUCAUGUCUACUUGUUCUAAUCGGCGCCUCUUGAAAGAUCUGAAGGGCGUUCACACUGCCGUGCGCGAGUUCCUGCUUAAUACCAAGCGAGACGCUGAGAAAAACGCCGCUUCGUCACCGAAUCUAGCACAACAAUACUUACGGCUGCUUUUCAUCCAUCUCAUUCUCAAGAAGCAUCCUAGGACGUUUCCCUAAUGAGUCUCCGGAGGAGUCUCAUCGCGAGAAGGAUCCUAGGGAUGGAGGCUCCAAGAUGGAGGCUCUCCAGCUCAAGAUGGAUCAGGAUCGUGAGCAGCUCCUCUAAAAUACUUUUUCUUUCUGUAUAGUGUGACACAGCACAUACUGGAGGUGUGCGUCACAGCGGAAGAAGGCAGACUCACCUCAGGUGGAGGAAGGGGGUGCAACUAUAAUUAUGGCUCGUGAAGAACACUCAUCUGAGUGUACUAUGUAUUAAUGACCCAGCUGCGGGGAGGUCGUUGCUCUCGGAAUACAAAAAAACUGGGAUCACCCUUUCGGCGUUCUCGGAAUACAAAAAAAAAGCGGUGCCCUGUAGAGGCACCCUGACUGACUGACUGACUGACUGACUGAUGUGUCCUCUCUGUCAUCUCAGGCACAAGCACCUGGAUGAUUUUUUUUAGUAGAAGACAGAAAUGUGCCAGGAAUCUAACCUGCGUCUUCGUACCAAGAGGUAGAAGAGUUCCUGAGCGAGGUGUCGAAGACUUGGGGGGUAGGACCGAUGCAUCCUACGAUGCAGACCGCUAUGGCAGUGCAGCUUGUGGAGCAGAUACUACUGCAGGCUGAACAAGGAUUAUGGUUUGUAACUCUCUCCGUCAUGAAGAGACUUUAGUUUAAGUCUCAGUCAGCGGGUAGAAUUCGUCCGGGUAGAAUUCGUCAGGCAGAUUGCCGAGUAGAUUCGUAUCAAUAUCAAGUCUCUUCUUUUAAAGCCCGAGUGCACCGUCUGGGACAACAAGUUGUCAACUCAGCACGACACUUUAUUAAAAUUAUAGAAGCAAGUAGACGCAUUUUUAUCUUCUUCCUCGGUUAAUUCAUUCUAUCUCGAAAAAAAUAAAAGCUCUAAAAUUUUCAGACGAGUUGGAUGUGGAUCUGGUCGUUGCCACCUUGACACCGUUGUUGCGUUUCCUCGCACCGUCUUACCGAAUCCAGCUUGCGCACCACUUGCACACGAAGCUAACACUUUUGACUGGAGCGAAUGCAGUCAUAAAGUUUAUGCUGGAUUGUAGAUGAGGUUGGAAGUUCUUUUUCUUGGUUCCCAUCUUCAGGCAACUCCUUCUGGGACCAAGAUGCCUCUGAAGAUGGAUUUCUUGUAGCGUUAAUUGCAGCUCUCUUUUUACCGUAGUUAAUACAGCUCUUUUGAGUUGUCACGUGGUUCGCAAAUGAAUGACUCAAUGAAUGAAUGAGUGAAUGAAUGAAUCUCUUUCCUAGAAGGUAUUAACUAUGCAUGAAUCUCUUUCUUUUUACCGUAGUUAAUACAACUACGGUGUAAGGCUUACGUAGAGGGUUCCCAUCUUCCCACGCGGUUCCUUCCCACGCAGCACCCACGUCGAGGUCUUUUUACUGGUGGAUUCCAUUUCCAUUGGACUUCAGAAAAUUCCUUACGUAUAGAAGCCCUUUUUUUCAACGCCGCUUCCCAAAAUACUUCUAAGAGAGUGACAGACUUACACGCAAAAUUGAUCAAUUAUGCGCCAGGGAAGGCGCGCGCUGCCGUGUCAAGAGCAGCCAGGGAAAGUAGGGUCGGUGCCGCGGCUGGAGAGCAGAGGGUAGUAAAUAAUCUUGGUUAGGCCGCAAUUUCUUGCCGAUCCAAGCACUGUUCCUUAUCCUGGAUCCUGUAAUUAGAUCACGAAUGAAAACGAGUCUUCUGUAAAUCAUCACUGCAAACGAGUCUUCUGUUAAAGAAAAACAACUUUUUACAUCAAACAAGGGAUCUUCCAUAUGACAAAUCUGGAUCUACAUUAUGAACCACACCUACACAGCUCCAGCUAAACGCGACGGAUGAACUAGCAGACUUUUUUGAUGAAGAGGAACCAAAAAAGCGGCACUGGUUCGAAGAAGAAGAUGUGGCUGUACUCCCUGGAUCUAAAAAAGUCAAGAGAACGGCGAAUGAUGAUUAUGACCGACUUCCCUCUCUUUGAACAAGCAACAACAACAACAACAGCAUUCCCUGUUCUCGCUUAACAACAACAUGUGUUCCCCGUUAAAAACUACAACAACAUUGUUUCAAUCGUCUCUCGUUCCUAUACUGCCCAAGCUGCACAGCCAACCCUAUGUGCCCAAGCUGCACAGCCAACCCUAUGUGCCCAAGCUGCACAGCCAACCCUAUGUGCCCAAGCUGCACAGCCAAUCCUAUAUGCCCAAGCUGCACAGCCAAUCCUAUAUGCCCAAGCUGCACAGCCAACCCUAUACUAACCAAGCUCCUACCAACCUCCAACCAUCUUAAGCUACCAAGCUCUAACUUCUCGAAUCUUCCCGAAGCAAUCGAGCAGGAAACAAGUCGAAGAGUGCGAGUUCUUCGGAUUCGCAUAAGCCUCAAGCCCGCAUGGAGGACGUCAUGGACGAUGAGGAUGAGCAAAUUGCCGGUCAAGAGGAUGAUCUCUUGGCGGAUUGAAAGGCUAUAAAAAUUUUAUAAUAGGGAUACUAGGAGGGAUAGGAGAUCAAGAGGAUGAUCUCUUGGCGGAUUGAAAGGCUAUAAAAAUUUUAUAAUAGGGAUAGGGAUAGAAGGGAUAGGAGGAGAUCAAGAUACUAGGAUAGUGACAAGUUGUUUGUUGUAGGAUAAUUUGAUGAGACAAUUUUCAUCUCAUCCAUUCUGAAUGUCUGUCUCCUGCCUAAGCCAAAUUGAUGAGACUUACUCUAUGGGGAGUACUUUUUUAUCAUUAAUACCGAUGUAUCUUACUGUAGUUUUUACAAGAUUGAUGUUGAGGGAACUUGGAUUUUUGAUCGAACAAGAAACUGUUCUACUGCACUGGUUAGCCUCACAAGUAGACAAUGAUAGCUACAGAAGAGGAGUGUUUGCUUUCUCUGCGCCCACCACUGCUGGUGCGUCGAACUCUUCGAAAAACUUGUAAAGAGGAAGUGAGAAAGACGACGAGGAAUCUCUCAACACUUAGAGAAGACGUUAGAGGUGUCUUCUUCGCAGAGAAUCACGCUUAGCUUGACACUUUCAUUACGCUCUUUUUAAGUAGUUUACGUAUAUGGAAUCUUCCUGAUAACUGCAAGACCUCCUUCAUGACUCUUGAUGAUAUAUAACUGCAAGGUGAAGAAGACCUUCAUGACCUUGAGUGAAAGAAGUCUGAAUGUGAGCAGGAGGGCGCUGCCUGGACUCCUUCCGAAGACCAGGUAGGUGUCGCGACGUGGAGGCUUAUCUUCGGGACGUCGAGGAGAACAGCAUCAACUUUUUGCGUGUCUACAAAUAGGAAGAUGAAGAGCUCCUGCCUGAAGACAAAUAAGACCACGAAUAAGAGGACAAUGAACUACCCGAACAUGAUCAGGAAAAAUAGUGCUGCUGUUCUUGGAGUUGGUGUGGUUUUGCCCUGCCUUCUCGUUCUCCCACCUCUAGUUAUGGGCAACGUCAACCCAUCUCUGACGCCACUUUUUAACCAGUUUCUACUUGAAAUGAGCUAAAAGAUGUUCUAAAAGAUGGGUUGUUGGUGCAUCUAAUCUCGCUCUACUUCAUACUAGUUCUUGUUGUGAUUAUAUAGUGGUGGCAUUCCUUCGGGGAUGCAAGAGAACGAAAGAGAGGCGGCCAGCCUGGGGCGUCUUCCACCUCCCCCAUUGCGUGCCAGGGCCUCGGCUCUCGUGAGGUGAUGAACCGCCAGCGGCGCAGCAGGAGCGAGGGGCGCGUUGGCUUCCGUGCUUCGUUUCUUCUGGGUAUCCAAAGCGAGGAGAGCCCCACAGCCUCGGCAGGCCGGUGCCGCCUCGUUUUCUUCCAAAGGAAGGCAAAAGGGCAAGGCCAUGGCUGUGAAGCCGUGGGGAGAUUCGGCGGGCUGGUUGGCUGCGCUGGGUGGUUGCUUCCUCAGCCCGUGUCGUGUGGUGUCGUGUGUGCGGUCUGGUGGCUCGCCUCGCCCUCGCCGGGAUCCGUCCGCCCCCCUCCGCCAUCUUCCCUUGGUUGUCAGUUCUUUGCACCCUCCUCGCCUGCGGUCGUUGUGGAGGGUGGACCCCAGCCACGGACCCGCGCACCGGUCGCCAGCCCCUAGCCCCUGGCUGGCAGACAACGCGCCAAACCUACACAGAGCCUCCGUUUUGGCUCUGGUCGCUCCGCUCUGGUAGCUGAGUUGAGGAGGCCAAGGCGGAUCUGGUCACUUAUGGCGGGGCCCCCCUCAUGAACACCCGCCGCCGGCUCCGCAGCUGGAGUUUUUCCCCCGCCAGUCUGGACCCGUCGACGGCAAGGCCCCCUGGAGACUGAACAUGGGUGACGCCCAACCCUGCACGGCAGAACCGUGCAAGGCCCCGCGCGUUGAUGAGUCCCCAGACAUACAGACGCGCGUCUAUCUACUAGAAAGAAAAAGAGCCCUUAUCUUUCUUUAGAUCUUAAAAGUACUACUUUUCUUCCACUACUUGUAUAAAGAUAAGCACUCUCCUCCGCUUUAGUCAAUAUCCGACUUUUAUUGCAAGAAGAGUACUAGAGGGACUCACGACUCGAUCGCAUUCUCGCUUGAGGUAGUUCUAGUUGUGUUGAUGUGCUGCCUCUAAUCGAUUGCUACCUUCGGGAAUUGUGUUUUUCUGAUGGUUACGCUCUUCUGCUUCAAGAGGUAGUGUGCGCUCUGCUACUUCAAGAUGCAUGUAGUGGAGGGAUGAGGGAGCCCCCGGACUGGACGAGUACAUGCCGGAAGAGUACUGCAAGAUGUAGAGGGGCUCCUGUUGGUUCGACCUGCCGAUUAAUAUCUGCCAAUUAAUAUCUUCUGAUUUGCUCCUGCACCUGCAGAGUGCGACGGACUCGAUCAAACACAGAAACUCAAAUUCUUUGAUGAAAGUUUUCUUCACAUUUGUUCUAACCUGACGUGUCGACUAACGCGAUCCAUCUCUGAAAUUAAGGCAACAAUGAAUUGCAAGUAACAGUAAAUCAACAAGUAGAUGUAGAAUUACUGGACGAUUUCUUAAAACACGUUCACGUAUGCAGACAUGUACACAGCAGAGGAUACUGACAACAUUAUUAUGGCAGUUCUCUUCUAGUAGUAGGAUCCCUCAUCUUACACUAUCAGCAACGACGAACAGGCAGUCGAGAUUUAGC